AUGCACCAGGUAGACUCUUUGCUCGCCCCUUCCUGCCAGCCUGGCCCGACUCCCUAUAGGGCCCUAGACCCUUCCCAACCUAAGCUUCCUUCCCGCUUUGUGCACCUGGGGUUGCUUUCCUGCCCCUGCCUGGAGGCCCAUGAGAGACCCGCCCCCCAGCCCCCCAGCCCGGCCCUGCGCGGGCACAAAUCCCUUCCUCUCCUCUGUCCUUUUUCUGUAUGUCGAUGCCCAUGCCAACUUCGGCCAUCUCUCCUCUUCCCCCAGGAUGGCCACUAUCCCCAGCCUUCUCCACCUGUGAAUGGUUCAUUGGAACAGGAACCUCAAAAGCAGCUCCCAGAGAUGCUAGGUGAGGUCUGGGAACCGCCUCGAGGGGACGGACUGCCACUCCUCUCGGCCAUCAUCGCUGCCUUUGUCCUACUAGCGAUCUGCAUCAUCCUGGCAGUUCACUUUGGGCCGACCUUGCACCAGGGCCAUGCCACCCUCCCUACAGAGCCUCCAGCCCUAAAACCAGAGAACGGCAUUUACCUCAUCCACUGGCGGCUGCUAGACCUCCAGGACAGUCACAGAGAAACCCAGCAGGGACUUGCUAUUCCUCGCUCUGGCCUUGUUCUAGAUGGGCACAGGCCCAGCAUUGAUGAAAUCACCUAUCUGUAG